CCAAACGAUGCCUGCUUCCCCACCCCGACAGAAUGGGAAACCUUUAAUUCAACCCUGGGUGGGCAGCUAAUAAAGACCAUCCCCUUAGCCUCCCCAUGCUUCUCUCCCUCCAACUCCUCUAACCCGGAAGUGUGCGAAUACAUCCGCACCAACUGGGCUCUCUCCAGCUUCCAUGCGAGCGAUCCCACCAGCAUAACGAUGCCCAUGUGGGCAGGCACUGGAGAAUCCACACAGGGACCCUGCGUGCCCACAGGAGCCCGCUGCGACAUGGGCAACUACCCCAUCUACAGCGUAAACGUGACGAGCCCGCAGCACGUAAUCCACACAAUCGAUUUCGCCCGCAAGCGGAAUCUCAGACUCGCAAUUAAGAAUACCGGUCACGACUUCCUGGGGCGGAACAUUGGGUUCGGGGCGUUGGGAGUUUGGAUGCACAAUCUUCGCGGGCUGGAGUUUCAUAAUGACUUCAUGGGGGAGGGCAGUGCGGUUACAUUGAUGGCAGGGAUGCAGUGGGGGGAGGUGUAUGAUGAAGUUGCCAAGAAGGGAUUUGUGGUUGUCGGUGGGGCGAAUCCUGUUCGUACCCCCUCCAGAUAUGCAUCAUAGGUUAUCACUGACAGUGCAAAGACUGUAGGCUCGGUUGGGGGGUACCUGCAAGGCGGCGGUCAUGGAUAUCUGAGCUCGCGCCACGGACUAGCAGUAGACAACGUCUUGCAGUUCACAGCAAUAACUGCUUCUGGCACCCUCGUGACUGCGAGUAAGCACUCGAACCCGGACCUAUUCUUUGCUCUCCGAGGUGGGGGCGGCGGAACAUUCGCAAUUGUCCUGAGCGCAACGUUGAAGACCCAUCCUACCCCCCAGACAACCCGCCAUACAAUCCUCAUAGCAUCCCCUCCAUCCCCCGGGCCCCACGAAGCCUUCUGGGACGCGGUGGCCUACAUCCAUACCCACCUCCCACGACUCGCGGACGAGGGGAUGGCAGGGUACUUUGUCGUAAUACCCACAAAUGGGAGUAUGAUAUUCUCCUGGAGCUUCUACAUCUACGAGCGCCCCCCCAACACCGCCACAGCACUAUUCUCCCCUAUAGAAUCGCACAUAAAAGCCACGUACCCAAGUCUACACCUCUCAACCACAGAGAAGGAAUAUGCGACCUGGCUGGAGGCGUACAAACCAAAUAUAUACCCCGAACCCGUCGGCCAUAACUCUCUCCUCGCAUCCCGCCUCCUCCCACGCGCCUCGCUAGAAAACAGCUUCGAAAACGUCCGCUCUAUGCUCGCCACUGCGUUUCCGAAAGUCGGCCAUGGGGGCAUUGUUGGCCAGCUGAUUGCCGCGGGACAGGUCUCACGCAACAGACAUCUGCGCACGUCUGUGCACCCGGCCUGGCGGAGUGCGUAUUUGAAUUUGGAAAUCACGGUUACCUGGCCGGAUGAUACCCCGCUUUCCUCUGUGCUAGAGAUUCGUAGGUUUAAUAGUGAAGUUUCGGUAGGGGCGUUGGAGAAGUUGGCUCUCGCUGGUGGUAGUGAGGAUGGGGUUGGGGCCUACGUUAAUGAGGCUGAUGCAUAUACAAAAAGGGAGGAUGCUGGGAGGGUGUUUUGGGGAACGAAGUAUGAUGAGUUGAGGGAACUUAAGGAGCAGUGGGAUCCUGAGGGUGUGUUUUGGUGUAGAUUGUGUAUUGGGAAUGAAGGGUGGGUAGUGGAA